UAUCGGGACGGCAAAGCUUCCUGAAGCAAAGUAUUUGUUAAAAUAUAAGAUUGCGUGUGUCCUUUCGUUGCAGAUAUACUAGGAAUUAAGUAAACAUGCAUCGAAAUAUUUGUUUUUAGCUCGGGGUCUUAAACACUGUCUAAAUGGGUGCAUAUUACUGUGCUAUAUGUAGACAGACAACAUUCACCGGGAAGAAACAUAUCUUCGGGAAAAAUCAUCAAAGCACACUAAGAGUGGUUCUUUUAAAAUUCUUAGAAAAGGUAAAGGAGGCUCGCCGGACACUUAAAAAACCGCAGGUAGAAAAGUUUGACUGCACCCAGCACAAGAAGACUUUCUGGUGCUACUGCUGUGGGCUUGAAAUUGAUAGAAAUGUCACAGACGACAACAUGACUGUGCUGUACGGAGGCUUGUUGGAACACAUGGCCACCCCCGAGCACAGGAGGAAUACUCACAAGUUCUGGUGGGAGAAUAAGGCUGACCCCAAGUUAAGAGACAAAGUCAUCGUCACAGAAGAGGAAACUGAAAGGUUUAAAGUUGAGGUGGCAAAAGCGUUGGAAUCAUUUGUGGAGCAGGAGGAUGAAUUCAUUAAACAGCAAGCUGAUUAUAUCCGGACACAGGAGAAGAAUCGCCAAGAGGUCCUUCAGUCUCUUUUAGAGCGUGAGGCAGAGUCGGAGCUGUUCAAUGGAGCCAAUGGAACAGACUUGUCUGCUGAGGAAACUGUCAGCUCUCAGUUUACACCUCAGGGAUCAGACCAGCAGGCGGGGAGCAGCUUUGUUCAGUCAAUGGUCAAGGCACCGCGGGCGGCAACAGGACAAGGCCUGACCUUCAUAGGCUAUCAGGAUACUUCAAACAGAGGAAAUGUUCAUACAGGUGCCGUGCCUCCUUGGCUCCAGGAAGAUCCUCUGGAGGGGACCUCUGGUGCCGCAGCACAUCCAGAGAUCGGGCCAUCGCUCCAAGGGUUCCUCAAACAGAAGGAGCAAGAGAAGCUGAAGAAGCUUCCCCCGAACAGAGUGGGAGCCAACUUUGAUCACAGCUCCCAGACAGACGCCAACUGGCUUCCCUCCUUUGGUAGAGUGUGGAACAGUGGCCGGCGCUGGCAGUCCAGGCACCAAUUCAGACAAGAGGAAGGGCAGAAGAGCAAGAGGAAGAAGAAGAGGGAGCCCAGCACUGAAGGGUCAAAGAGAGCAAAACCCACUGAACAGACAACACAAUCUGACAACACUUAAAACAAGCUACGGCGUGUCAUUAAUGAGUCAAAGAUGUAUAUAGUUUGCGAAAUGUGAUAUAAUGGGUACUUGUUUAAAAAUGCUCAGCCUACUAGACGCCCCUAAAGUAUUAACCCAACAAAAAGUAGUGUUUGUAUCAGGGGGCAUUGUAUAUAUACUUAGACUCAAUUGGAAAAACAUUUUUGGAUAGUUACCUUUAACAAUUGUUUUUAUUGUGCCUGUUACUGGUGAGACUACAGCUCUUUAAGAGGUCAAAAUGACCAUUCUGGCAAGCAAACAGCAGGGGGCGCCAACCACUCAGCUAACCCACACAUCUGCUGUGUUUAAUAGAAGUAUUGACAUUAAGGCAAGCUGUUGAAACUGACAUUAAAACAACCGCAUGGUAAAACCUAAACUGUAUUAUCCAUUUUUUUAUAUUACAUUUUUCCUUGUCUGGCAAAAGACAGCACCAUUUAAUGUUGUUCUUGUUGUUUUUGCAGCUGAGUGUUUUGUUUCUGCCUCAAAUGUUGACCUUUUUAAUGUUAUUUAUUAAACAACCCAAUAUGGACAUGUACAAAAUGAUGGCGGCAGUUAACAGUUUUCUUAGACCUCCAACAAUAAACACGUCUCUUUAUUGCAGUGAA